AAACAAGCGUACUCACUCUGUUCAAGUCUGCUGGGAAUCCUAGUGUCUGACAUUCUCGUGCCCAUCAGCUCUGGGAAGGCUGUCGCGUUACUACAGCCCCGUCCGCUUCUCGUUCCGAUCUGUUGCCUAAGUGCUAAACAUCGAUGCCCUCCUCCACGCCUGCCCGCUCACGACAUGCAGGCCGUAAAGCCACGAGUCCCGGACCUGAAAGGGUUAUUCGCGUUGGGCGACGUUUGCACCGAGCUCACAACCUACGUGGUGCCUCUGUUCGACUGCGAUGCUAGACGUUAUAUCAAGGUCACCUUACCGAACCCGCACGGCUUCGACGAUGAGCCGGAUGAGGAACGAGAUCGCUUCGUUCCGGGGGAAAAGGCGGCGGCUGCUUUGGAGAAGAAGCUGGACACUCUCCCAGACGGUAAUCUCGCCGUCGAGAUUGACGAGGCCGGCAAACUGUUGUCGGUGUCUACCGACAUAAAGCAUUACGAGUUUGGACGUCAGCUUUACCACCGGCUUGCACAAUACCAGCUCCCGCCGGCGGUUGCGGCCAGAACAGUCUUGCGCUCCGAGCUCACCGAGAUCCGCCGUUCUGCCGUCGACAUCGUCGCAUACCCCCCGUCACUAUCUCCUCCAUCGGGCGAGGACAGCAAGAACCGCUACGCAUUCAAAUACAGUACGCGAGGAUUACCCUGGAAGGAGUUGCAGGUGGCGGCCAGACUGGCCCCACACCCUAACAUGGCUCUGUUGGACCGCCUCGUCUUGGAUGAGAGAGGAGGGUCCCGAGUUGUCGGCUUCACGAUGCGCUACAUCCCCAGCGACAGCCUGGGCAAGGCAAGAGGCCGCUUCAAGCUGAAGUGGCUGCGGCAACUGAUGCAGGCGGUUGACGAUUUGAAUCUCAAACAUGGCAUCAUGCACCAGGACAUUGCCGACCGCAACCUCCUUGUCGACCCCGAGACGGACGCGAUCGUCCUCAUCGACUUCGGCGAGGCGUACAGAAUUGGUAUGAAGGGGAAGUGGGGGGAACGAGACGACGUCAAGGGUGUUCUGGUAUUCUUGUACGCCUAUAUCACACGCGACCCGGCCCUCCAGUUCUACAUCCUGCACGAGGUCGACGAGAAGGAGUGUUUCAACCCGGCGAAGUGGUGUAAGCACCCCGAUGUAGAACUCGACGACGAUGUUGCCGAGUUCUACUUUGAGCUUAUGACCUGGGUCCGCGGCCGCCGCGCCGGCAAGCAGAUCACGCGCUACACCCAAGCACCCGAAUAUUUCGAUUGGCCCCCGCCCCCCCCCGAGCCUCACCCCGAUGACUGGGAUAACGAGGAGUAUCGUCUUGAGUGGCUGCGUCCCCGCUCGAGCAAGCUGGAUCCGACACGCCGCCUUCUUGCCACGGGCCGAUACGCCGACGACGAGGCCGCCGCCGAGAAGGCCGCAGCGGCUGCCAGCAGGAGCGAGACGGCCGACAUGGCCAAGGCCAACGGAGGCCGGCGCACUCCGAGUCCGCCGGCCGGUCCUCCUUUGACCGCCGCCGACGAAGCCGAAACAAAGCCCGAGCGCAGCAGCAGCGGCCGAACGCUGCGGCCACGGCAGGCGAACCCCUCCAAGCGGAAGCACGCCAAUGAUGGUGCCGACACCGAGGUCGGCACGCCCGCGAGGAAGAGAAGAUCGUCGCGGCGCUCGAGCCCUGCGUUGGCCGGAAACGGCUGCGCGUAGGACAUUGGAACUUGUGUGGGCGUGCACACGUCGCCGCCGCCCCCUUUGCUGUUUUGUGGCUUUAGUCUGAGAUUCCGGGUCCUCUUUGUUGCCAGUUACUCAACAUGUUUUGCUUUCCGUGGCGCUGUUGCAGUUUUAUAUAGAAUUUUUUGUUGUGUUCUCGAAGCGGCUCCUCCUCCGCCCCUCGGUUCCGAGACCCUGUUCUUUAUCGGACGUGACACGAGAGCG